AUGCCGUCGCAACUACGGACUGUGAGUUAUCGAAGAUCGACAGCGACCAGCGGUUCCAAGGAACGGAUGAAGAGCGCUCCUAAGAUCUUGGUCGAGUUGAAGAGAGCUCUUAGAACUGACUUGGAUCACAGGUAUUCGCACUAUGUAGCAUUGAAAGGAAUCAAGACCAAAGCAUCCCUCACGCCUGAACCUAAACUGUUGAUUCGACAGAGAAUCAAGGAAGACUAUGAUUAUUCAAUGGCGAAGCAUGUCAUGAUCUAUCUGGACACUUUCCACCACCGCGGGGCUCGAGGACAGGAUCUACGACCUAAUCAUUUGCUAUGGGGAUCUAUGGCAAAGGGCAUUCUAAAGCAUGCAUUGAUUGGACUGGCCUUCCUCCACAAGAAUGACAUCAUUCAUGGCGAUUUGUGGCCUGGAAAUACACUCCCUGCUACCUCCAACACCGAUUCUCUGCCUGAAGAUGACUUGCAGCAAGUCCUAUGA